CGGUCGCCAACAUCCAUUUCUAGGUAACCUCUCUCGUUUGUUCUGUAUCUCUCUCUUGCUCUCUGUAGCCCGAACUGUAAAAUCUUUCCUACUCCUUCAAAGACCAUGAACCCCAACUCCAUCUCCAAGGUCAGAGUCAUUGUGAGGGUGCGUCCCUUUCUCCCCCACGAGAUCUCCGACAAGAACAAUGACCGUACACCAUGCGUUUCAGUUCUUGAUCAAGAUUCUGAGUACGGUGAAGAAGUCGCCGUUUAUCUCAAAGAUAAGGAUACCAGCCGAAACGAGUGCUAUCGGUUGGACUCUUUCUUUGGCCAGGAGGACAACAAUUUGGGUCGGAUCUUUUACAAAGAAGUGAGCCCUUUGAUUCCUGGAAUUUUCCAUGGUUGCAAUGCAACGGUGUUUGCCUACGGGGCUACCGGCAGUGGAAAGACUUAUACCAUGCAGGGCACUGAUGAGCAGCCAGGUCUGAUGCCACUGGCCAUGUCUACAAUUCUCCCAUUGUGCCAAAGCACAGGAAGCACAGCAGAGAUCUCGUACUACGAGGUAUAUAUGGACAGGUGUUAUGAUCUUUUAGAGCUCAAAGCGAAGGAAAUAGCGAUUUUGGAUGAUAAAGAUGGGAAAAUUCAUCUUCGGGGACUAUCUCGGGUCCCUGUAAAGUCGAUGUCCGAAUUCUAUGAGGCAUUUUCUUGUGGGGUUCAGAGGCGGAAAGUUGCCCACACGGAUCUCAACGAUGUCUCUAGCCGGAGCCACGGGGUGCUUGUGAUUUCUGUUUCCACUCCUUCAGGUGAUGGCUCUGUGGCUGCUGUUACUGGGAAGCUCAACCUCAUAGACUUGGCAGGUAAUGAAGAUAAUAGAAGGACCUUCAAUGAAGGGAUUCGUCUCCAAGAGAGUGGGAAGAUCAACCAGUCCUUAUUCGCAUUGUCGAAUGUGAUUUAUGCACUGAACAAUAACAAACCACGCGUGCCCUAUAGAGAAAGCAAAUUGACCCGAAUAUUGCAGGACUCUCUUGGUGGAACAAGCCGUGCUAUAAUGGUUGCUUGCCUGAACCCGGGAGAGUACCAGGAAUCUGUUCAUACUGUCAGCUUGGCUGCCCGUUCCCGGCACAUCUCCAAUUUCGUAUCUUCAGCUCAUAAGCUAGAGACCCCAAAGGAUAAAAUGGACAUGGAGGCCAAGCUGCGCGCUUGGCUUGAAUCUAAAGGCAAGACAAAGAGCGCACAAAGAUUUGGAGCAUUCAACUCUCCUUUUAUGGGAAAAACUCCCAGUUCUGUUAGCUCUGUUAAGAAACCCAGUAUCUUUCGCAGCUCUGUGAAAGCAAAGGCUUCAACCAACCGAGGUGUCUGUGAGGCAAAAGAAAGGUUUAUUAUACCUGAGCCUGUCAUGAAUUUGUUUAACAAUGAAGGUCCAGUGGAUGCUUGCUUGGAGAUUGAGCAAGUUGCUGGCAUGUCAAAUAAGGAAGAGGUUGAGGUUACUGCUGAUGGAAUUCUGUCAAAUACUUACUUGCCCGAUGAAGCAUCUGAUAAAGAGGAGAAUAUGACAGCUGCUGCCAAGAGUGUUGGGUCAUCCCCAGUUACUGAGAAGACAAAUGCACUGCAGAGUUCUUCAAGAAAAGUUCUUUCCCAAAUAGACACCAAUAUAACUCAAAAACCCCUUGAGGGACUCUCAUCCACAGACCAAACAUGCCCAGAUUUCUUUGAGCAAAUUACUCCCAAAAAACCUUUCAUUGAGACCUCUGCAAACAAGCUGCAAAUAUUUGGCACCCCACUUGAUAAAUUCAAUGCACAGAGCUCCAAUUUGAAGAGCUAUCUUAUUCAAGAGUAUAUUGACUUCUUAAAUACGGCCAGCAAAGAGGAGCUGCUAGAGUUAAAGGGGAUCGGAAUAAAAAGGGCAGAGUACAUAAUUGAACUCCGAGAAACAAGCCCAUUCAAAUCGUUGAGUGAUUUGGAGAAGAUAGGCCUUUCAUCCAAGCAGGUUCACAACUUGUUCACCAGAGCUGCAAGAGGGAUUCUUGAUAGACCAGAAGAUUCAACUCCUAGUUGUUCAGAGAUUUAUUAAUAUUCUGUGUGUCUUAUAUGUAUUUGUAUCAACCAUGUAACGCAGCCCGAGGAGGUUUGAGAUUAUUGAAUGUAAAUUUAGUCUGGAAUUUGUUUUAUUAGUUAUUUAUUUGAAAUGAUUCAGUGGAUCUGAUAUAAGUUGACAACGGCAACCGACUU